AUGGAGAAACAGUUUCUGUCGCUGUUUGAGUCAGCAAAGAAAUCUGCAGCCCUUGUGGCCACUUCUGCUUCAAUAUUUCCUGAAGUUUAUCAAUGCCUAGAUGCUUUGGACCAGCUUAAGAGGUUCCCCGUAACAUCAUCCAGGGUUCUUGUCUCCACUCCUGUUGCAAAAGAAGUUCAAUAUCUCACAAAACACCGUGUAAAGAUGAUCAGAACUGCUGCUUCUUGCGUGCUGGAUGCUUGGUGUAGGAAUCUGUACGAAAGAAACCCUGCCAUUGAUGGUAAAACUCAGCCAACAAAAUCUACAAGUGGGUCAAGAACGGGGACUCUUAUUGUCAAGAUACACGGAAGAGUAAUAGGAAGGGUUAAAGUUAACAUGCCUAUUCAGACAGAGAAGAAGAUGAAAGAAGAGAAAGAAAAUGGUUUCAGUUGUUUCAAGAAACCACCAAAAGAUCCUGCCAUGCGCUGCCCAAAGCCAAGGAAAGUACAAAGUAUCAGGCGCUGUUUCAAGAAACCAUCUACCAAGCGCGUCACACAGCAAGAGAAUGUGAAAGAUUUCUGUAGUUUCAAGAAACCAUCAGAAGAACCUGUCAAGUGCAGUGAUGGCUUGCGUAGCAAGGUCAGGCACAUUCUUGUGGAGUCAUUGUGCAGAGUUGCAAAGGAGGUUAAAGAGGAUUUGAUGGAAGCAGUAAGAUUGCGUGACCCAAUUAUUGUUGCUGCUGAUGAUCCAAAGAAUCCAGAUUUGAGAAGGAAAGUUCUUCUUGGACAGAUUAAGCCAGAGAAACUCGUGACUAUGACAGCAGAAGAGAUGGCAAGCAAUCAAAGGCAAUUCGAGAAUGAUCAAAUCAGGAAGAAAUCUUUGUGGAAGGAGAUGAAUGCAGAACAACAGCACAAAUCAGUGGAUCCAAUGGAAUAUUGA